UCUGUCUGGCGCGGGGCGAGGCGAAGCAGCGCAGGUCUCCAGGCGCUGAGAAUGAAAGUUCUCAUUUAAAAAGCAUCCAGCCUGUUAGCGCCCCAAAGCUGCCCUUUGGGUUUCCAGUGCAUCCUCCUCACACCAAAAAGAGCUAAUCUGUAAGCAUGAAUCAUCCCCAUUCUGGAUAUCUUGCAAAUUACAACAGCUUAACAGACAAGCAUCUUGCAGGCUAUUUCAGCAACACCAGGAUAAAACGCCAUCUGCGGAGGUCAGGACUGAUCUCAAGAAGUGGAAAAAUAAUAUCAGACAAGGAAUACCGGUUAAAUGCCAUGAAGAAAGAUCAUCAGAAGUAUAUACGGGAAUGCUUGGCUCAGGCUAUUUUCCACAAAGCUCUUGAUAUGGAACGACAUCACCAGGGUGAUGUAAAAAGAAAAGUUGAGAGUUCGGCAAAGCGAGAGCGGAUCCAGCGAACCAAGGCGGAACGAGCGAGAAAGGCAACAGAUGGUUCCCAUCACUUGCUUUCCCCACAUCCACCCACUGUACCAAGAAAUCGCUUUGGGCGGCGCAAAUUGGGUGAGAGAGGACCAUCAAGUCACACGAUUUCUUAUCCUCGACCAAGCACUGCUCCAGGAAACAUACAACAGCCACUCCGACUUCAGCCCCUCUACGGAAAUGUCGUGACUGAAGGUUCAUCAAAGACUGGUUUGAGCUCCAGACCAAAGUUUCUCACCAUUGACAAAGAAUAUCAUUUUACUAGUGAGGGGGACAGAGGGACAUUAAGGCCUGUGCAUUCAAUGGAUUAUUCAGUUGAAGUAUCCCCAUACAGACUUCCCAUUAUUAACAAUUAUAUGAUACCUAUUCCACAACCACCCAGAAGUGACAAAACUAUCAUCCCCAUGAAACCUGUGGGAAGAGGUCGACGGUUUCGCCCUACAACAACUUCAUCAAAUGGCCUGGAUCAGUUGCUAAUGAAGGACGCUGGAAAAUUCUGCAAGCCUCAAAUACAUAGCAAUGCAUCUGUUACCAUGGUCUAUUUGGGAAAAACCGUCCACCUUUCGUAUGACCUUUUAGAUUAUCGAGAGGAAAUAAAAAUUUACCAACAGCAUUGUGGAGGAGAAAACCUAUGUGUGUACCGAGGCAAACUGCUGGAGGGAGAAACGUUUCAGUUCAUCUCCAGGAGGCAUUACGGCUUCCCCUUCAGUCUCACCUUUUAUCUCAAUGGAAUUCAGGUGGACCGAUUAAGUUCUUGCUGUGAAUAUAAGCAUCGGAAAGGUACUCGGCUAGGAGGCAAGCAUGGAUACUUUGGUUUCGUCAAUGUGGAAAGGUCAUCUCCUUGCUAUAGGUGUAUCAUUACAAUGGGCCUGGACAAAAAGCCUACACCUCCAAAAAAGAAGACUCUUGAAGAAAGUGCAAAACUGGAAGAUUGGAAGAAAGAGGAAGUGACACACAAGCCGAAAGAGGAAAAAAAACUAUUACCGACCCACUUUCCUUCAGCUUCUGCAUUAAAGAAACGAGCUGCAGAACGUGCUGAAGAAAAGAAAUUGGAGACCAAAAAAAGAGAAAAAGAUAAAGAUGAAUUUGAGGAUACCCAGAAAACUGCUACUUAUGAAGCAUAUGAGGAAGAUUUUGAAGCUGAUGAAGAGAAACCAGUUGAGAAAGUUGAGAAAGUUGGAAAAGUUGAGAAACUUGAGAAAGUGGAGAAAAUUGAGAAAGAAGCACGUGCUGAUGAUCAAAUGAGUGAAAAAGGGAAGCCGCUCUCUGAAGGGGAAACAGACCGUUCUGAUCGUGAAAGGAAAAGGAAAGUCUCGUCACAGAAAUCUUCACGGACUUCUGAUAGUGAGCGAGAUGAAAGCGAGGGAUAUACGGAAAGCUACACAGAGGAAGAGGAGAGAAAACACGGUAGAAAACAAUUGCUUUCUGUCUCCGGCAGCAGCACAUUAUACAGCAGUGGAACCGAAUCCGAGUUUGAAGGCAGGAAGCGUGAUGAGGAGGAAGACAUCACAGACAUUCAUUCAGAAUGUGAAACAGAAACCACCAAAUCUCAACGGGAAGGAAGUCAGGGAACCGAUGUGGAAGAAGAGGAAAACUUGGGGGAGACAGAAACAGAAAGCUUGAGCACCAAGAAUGUGCCAGAUAUCUUCUAUGAAGAAAAAGUGGAGAUGACCCUUCAGGACAUGAGUCCGGGCCAUGAGAAGCUCAAGCUUAUAGGGCUGGUAGACAUGGGGGAGGAGGAAGAGAAGGAUAAGUUAGUGCAUUUGAAAAGCAGUGCUCUAGAAGGAUAUCCGAGCAGGAAGCUUUCUGAAGAUAAGGAAGGUGAUCGUAAAUCGGUCAGAGAGAAAAUAGCUGAGGCUAUUGAAAAAGAUCAGCUUUUGAGUUCUGAACCUGAACCUAGUGAUUACAGUACAGAGGAUGAGGAAGAACAUAUAGCAGUUGCUCAAGGUAAAUUUGAAGUGCCAGAUGGAGUUUCCUUGGCAAAACGAUCAAGAAGGACUGAAUCGCUAAAGGCUGCAGAGCAAUUGAAAAAAGAGAGAGAGAUGAUGGGCAAGGAAGGAAUAAUUGAGGAAGAGGAGCUUGUAGUUGGCAAAGGCCCUAAAGAAGCAGCUCUAACAGAAGAACUGCUAGCCGCCCAAAGACCAAGUCUUAGAGGAGACCAGGCACUAAAACCUGAACUUGUGGCAGGAAAAAGAGAAUGGGGGAGAGAACCCACAGAAUCAGAACUGGCCAGUUUAGAAAAAGAAAUAACCCCCAAGGAUGGAAAAAUGGAGAGCAUGGCAAAAGCAUGGAAAAAUGGAGAAAUGGCAAAAGAACAGAAAGCUGCUGACAGAGAGGACGUUCUAGGGGGAUUUAGAUCAGAAGAGGAAGAAGCUAAAGACGCCCAAAGAGCAGCAAAGAGAGAAGAACAUGUGCGAUGGCGGGUCCCUGAGGGAGAAGGGGCAGAAGUCACUGAGGCACCAAAAGCUUUAAAGACGAGAGAAUUAGAAGGAAUUAAGGCAGUGGACAGAGACAUGCUUGAAGCAAAAGAAAAGAUGAAAGGAGAAUAUGAAACAGCUAAAGAUUGGGAGGCAACAUUUGCAGAAAAGAUCAGUAUGGGAGAGGUACCAGAAAAGGUGGCAGAAGCUGAACCCAAAGAAAAGGUAAUUUUUCAAGAAAAAAAAGAUAAAGCAGAGGCCGGAAAAAAAGCUGACAUAAUGGGAAAGGAAAGAAAGGAUGAGGCAUUUUUGAGGGAAGAUGAGGAGGGAAAAUAUGAAUUGAGGCCCAUGGAAACAGAACUUAGACCACCACAAUUAAAAAUGGAAGAUGUUCUCUAUGAAGAUGAAAAAGCAGCUGCUGCAGAAAAGGCAGCAGCUGGUGGAAGAGAGGUUCCAUCUAAAAUUGGAGAAACAGUCCAAGACAUUUCAUCCAGAUGGGAUGAAGAUUUAUACCAAGAAUAUCCAGAUGUGACUGGAAUGAAAGCCAUAUCUACAGAAGAUUUAACCCUCAAGAAAAUAAAGCCUUUGGUGGGAGAGGCCUUCCUUGACCAUGAAAUUGAAAUAACUGAGGAAGAUAAGUUAGCAGGCAAACCAUAUUCUGAAAGAGAGAAAGGCAGGCAAGCAAGAGCAAAAGAUAUUUUGGCAAUUGAGCAAACAACCCAAGGAGAAAAGGCUAUAGUACAACCUGUAGAAAGAGGAGCUGACGAAAGAGGAAGAGAAGAAAGGUUAAAGUCCAAAAUGGCAGCUCCAGAAGAGAAAUUGGACUUGGAGAAAGAAGGGCUUUAUAUUGAACCCGGUUUAGAAUCUAUGGCAGUGCUGAUGGAAGAAUUAGCGAAGACGGAAAAGGCAAAAGGAGAGAUGUGGGUUGAAGAGGCAAAAGGAGAAAUAAAAGGAUUGUCUCCAAGACAGAAAAUGAUUGAAGAACAACAGAAAGCACUCAGAAGAAAGACAGAAAUUGAAGAGGAAGGCACUGAGAGGGAAUUUAAAGAAGAGGCAGAAAUAGAUGAGACAGAAGUGAAAACUAAAGGGAAAGUAGGAAAAGGAGAGGUAGGAAAGAAAAUGGAAUAUCCAUGGGAAGCAGAAGGAGACAUGGCACUUAAAAGGGAGGCAGAAACUGGAGAGGCUAAAGUCAGUGUGGGACGUGAGGGAGAGUUAGAAGUCACAGAGGCAGAAGCUGACAUGACACUUAAAGGGGAAGCAGAAAGAAGACUUACCAAAGCUACAUUGCUACCCAAAGACAGGUUAGAUGCUAAAGAAGCAAUAGUUGACAUAACACUUAAAGGGGAGGCAGAAACUGAACAUGCCAAAGCUAAGGUAGGACCUAAAGGGGAAUUAUAUCCUGAAGAAGCAGAAGCUGAGAUGAUAUUUGAAAGAGAGGCAGAAACUGGACAUGUCAAAGUUAAAGUGGGACCAAAAGGGGAGUUACAUGCUGAAGAAGCAGAAGCUGAGAUAACACUUGAAAGAGAGGCAGAAAUUGGACGUGUGAAAGCUAAGGUGGGACCUAAAGGGGAGUUAUAUCCUGAAGAAGCAGAAGGUGAGAUGAUAUUUGAAAGAGAGGCAGAAACUGGACGUGUCAAAGUUAAGGUGGGGCCUAAAGGGGAGUUAUAUCCUGAAGAAGCAGAAGCUGAGAUAACACGUAAAAGAGACGGAGAGCCUGGAUCUGUCAAAGCUGACGUGGGGCCUAAAGGGGAGUUAUAUCCUGAAGAAGCAGAAGCUGAGAUGACACUUGAAAGAGAGGCAGAGCCUGAACAUGUCAAAGCUAAGGUGGGGCCUAAAGGGGAGUUAUAUCCUGAGGAAGCAGAAGCUGAGAUGACACUUGAAAGAGAAGCAAAAACUGGACGUCUCAAAGCUAAAGUGGGACCUAAAGAAGGAUUAUAUCCUGAAGAAGCAGAAGUUGAGAUGCCACUUGAAAGAGAAGCAGAAAUUGGACGUGUCAAAGCUAAGUUGGAACCUGAAGGGGAAUUAUAUGCUGAAGAAGCAGAAGCUAAGAUGAUAUUUGAAAGAGAGAUAGAACCUGGACGUGUCAAAGCUAAGGUGGGAGCUAAAGGGGAAUUAUAUCCUGAAGAAGCAGAAGCUGAGGUGCCGUUUAAAAGGGAAGCAGAAAUUGGACGUGUCAAAGCUAAGAUGGAACCUGAAGGGGAAUUAUAUGCUGAAGAAGCAGAAGCUAAGAUGAUAUUUGAAAGAGAGAUAGAACCUGGACGUGUCAAAGCUAAGAUGGGAGCUAAAGGGGAAUUAUAUCCUGAAGAAGCAGAAGCUGAGGUGCCGUUUGAAAGAGAGGCAGAAAUUGGACGUGUGAAAGCUAAGGUGGGACCUAAAGGGGAGUUAUAUCCUGAAGAAGCAGAAGGUGAGAUGAUAUUUGAAAGAGAGGCAGAAACUGGACGUGUCAAAGUUAAGGUGGGGCCUAAAGGGGAGUUAUAUCCUGAAGAAGCAGAAGCUGAGAUAACACGUAAAAGAGACGGAGAGCCUGGAUCUGUCAAAGCUGACGUGGGGCCUAAAGGGGAGUUAUAUCCUGAAGAAGCAGAAGCUGAGAUGAUAUUUGAAGAGAGGCAGAGCCUGAACAUGUCAAAGCUAAGAGAAGCAAAAACUGGACGUCUCAAAACUAAAGUGGGACCUAAAGAAGGAUUAUAUCCUGAAGAAGCAGAAGUUGAGAUGCCACUUGAAAGAGAAGCAGAAAUUGGACGUGUCAAAGCUAAGUUGGAACCUGAAGGGGAAUUAUAUGCUGAAGAAGCAGAAGCUAAGAUGAUAUUUGAAAGAGAGAUAGAACCUGGACGUGUCAAAACUAAGGUGGGAGCUAAAGGGGAAUUAUAUCCUGAAGAAGCAGAAGCUGAGGUGCCGUUUAAAAGGGAAGCAGAAAUUGGACGUGUCAAAGCUAAAAUGGAACCUGAAGGGGAAUUAUAUGCUGAAGAAGCAGAAGCUAAGAUGAUAUUUGAAAGAGAGAUAGAACCUGGACGUGUCAAAGCUAAGAUGGGAGCUAAAGGGAAAUUAUAUCCUGAAGAAGCAGAAGCUGAGGUGCCGUUUAAAAGGGAAGCAGAAAUUGGACGUGUCAAAGCUAAGAUGGAACCUGAAGGGGAAUUAUAUGCUGAAGAAGCAGAAGCUAAGAUGAUAUUUGAAAGAGAGGCAGAACCCGGACGCGUCAAAGCUAAGGUGGGAGCUAAAGGGGAAUUAUAUCCUGAAGAAGCAGAAGCUGAGGUGCCGGAAUUAUAUCCUGAAGAAACAGAAGCUGAGGUGCCAUUUAAAAGGGAAGCAGAACCUGGAUAUGUCAAAGCUAAGGUGGUGCCUAAAGGGGAUUUAUAUGCUGAGGAAGCAGAACCUGACAUGACAUUUAAAAGGGAAGCAGAACCUGGACGUGUCAAAACUAAGGUGGGAGCUAAAGGGGAAUUAUAUCCUGAAGAAGCAGAAGCUGAGGUGCCGUUUAAAAGGGAAGCAGAAAUUGGACGUGUCAAAGCUAAGAUGGAACCUGAAGGGGAAUUAUAUGCUGAAGAAGCAGAAGCUAAGAUGAUAUUUGAAAGAGAGAUAGAACCUGGACGUGUCAAAGCUAAGAUGGGAGCUAAAGGGGAAUUAUAUCCUGAAGAAGCAGAAGCUGAGGUGCCGUUUAAAAGGGAAGCAGAAAUUGGACGUGUCAAAGCUAAGAUGGAACCUGAAGGGGAAUUAUAUGCUGAAGAAGCAGAAGCUAAGAUGAUAUUUGAAAGAGAGGCAGAACCCGGACGCGUCAAAGCUAAGGUGGGAGCUAAAGGGGAAUUAUAUCCUGAAGAAGCAGAAGCUGAGGUGCCGUUUAAAAGGGAAGCAGAAAUUGGACGUGUCAAAGCUAAGAUGGAACCUGAAGGGGAAUUAUAUGCUGAAGAAGCAGAAGCUAAGAUGAUAUUUGAAAGAGAGGCAGAACCCGGACGUGUCAAAGCUAAGAUGGAACCUGAAGGGGAAUUAUAUGCUGAAGAAGCAGAAGCUAAGAUGAUAUUUGAAAGAGAGAUAGAACCUGGACGUGUCAAAGCUAAGAUGGGAGCUAAAGGGGAAUUAUAUCCUGAAGAAACAGAAGCUGAGGUGCCAUUUAAAAGGGAAGCAGAACCUGGAUAUGUCAAAGCUAAGGUGAUGCCUAAAGGGGAUUUAUAUGCUGAGGAAGCAGAACCUGACAUGACAUUUAAAAGGGAAGCAGAACCUGGACGUGUCAAAGCUAAGGUGGGACCUAUAGGGGAGUUAUAUGCUGAAGAAGCAGAAGCUGAGGUGAUGUUUAAAAGGGAAGCAGAACCUGGACGUGUCAGAGCUAAGGUGGUGCCUGAAGGGGAUUUAUAUGCUGAGGAAGCAGAACCUGACAUGACAUUUAAAAGGGAAGCAGAACCUGGACGUGUCAAAGCUAAGGUGGUGCCUGAAGGGGAUUUAUAUGCUGAGGAAGCAGAACCUGAUAUGACACUUGAAAGAGAGGCAGAAACUGGACAUGUCAAAGCUAAGGUGGGACCUAUAGGGGAGUUAUAUGCUGUAGAAGCAGAAGCUGAGGUGACGUUUAAAAGGGAAGCAGAAACUGGAUGGGUCCAAGCUAAGGUGGUACCUAAAGGAGAUUUAUAUGCUGAAGAAGCAGAAGCGGAGAUGACACUUGAAAGAGAAGCAGAAACUGGAUUGAUUAAAGCUAGGGUGGUACCUAAAGGGGAGUUAUAUGCUGAAGAAGCAGAAGCUGAGGUGACAAUUACAUGGAAAGCAGAGACUGGACAGGUUAAAGCUAAGGUGGGACCUAAAGGGGAGUUAGAUGCUGAAGCAGCAGAAGCUGAGUUGACAGUUGCAUGGAAAGCAGAAACUCGACAGGUCAAAGCUAAAGUGGCACCUAAAGAGGAGUUAUAUGCUGAAGAAGCAGAAGAUGAAAUGAUACUUAAAAAAGAGGCAGAGACUGGACAACUGGACAAGGUGAUAACCGAAGGGUGGCUAGAUGUUGGAGAAGCAGAAGCUGAGGUAACAGUUAAGGAAAAAGCAAAAACUAUAGAGGCAGAAUCUGAUAAGCUAGCUGAAAGGGAAUUAGAACUCAAAGUGGCUGAAUUUGAGGGAACACUUAAAAAGGGGACAGAAGGCAAGGUUGCCUUGAAGUGGAAACCAGAAACCGGAGAGGCAGAGGCUGAGGUGAUAUCUAAAGGGGAAUUAGAAGUUGAAGAAGCAGAAGCUGAGUUGACAUUUAAAGAAAAGGCAUUAGAGAAAGCACUUAAACAAAAGGCAGUAAUUAUAGAGGAAGAGGCUGAUGUGAUACCUAAAGAGGAAUUAGAAUUUGAAGCUGAGGGGACACUCAAAAGGAAGGCAGAAACUGGACUGGCCAAAGCUAAGAUGGUGCCUAAAGGGGAGUUAGGUGCUGAAGAAGCAGAAGCCGAGAUGACACUUAAGAGGGAAGGAAAAACUAUAGAAGCAGAGUCUGAAAUGAUAGCUGGAAAGGACUUAGAAGCAGAAGAGGCAGAAGCUGAGGGGACACUUAAAAAGAAGGCAGAAGGCAAAAUAGCCUUGGAACAGAAGGCAAAAACUGUAAAGCCAGAGACUGAGGUAGCAUUUGAAGAGGCAGGAAUUAAAGUUGUACCAAAACGCCAGGAAGCAGAAACAGAAGAUUCAGAAGGAAAGGGAGAAGUGCUUUCUGUCGUCAUAGGCUCUCUAAAUGAAACCACCUUUGGAGAGCAAGGGUUAGUCACCAGGAGAGAAGAAAUUAUAGCAGAAAUAAAACAUACCUCUGAAUCAGCCCCACAAAAAGAAGCAUUUGUUGGAGGAGAUAUGAAAAAGCAGGAAAUGAAAAAAGAACCUGGUCUCCAAACUGGAGUAUCUGAUGAAGCUGAAACAAGGGAAACAUUUCUUUACAUGGAAGUACAGGAGGAAGUCAUAGCUCCCGAAGAAGAGAAGGAACAGGAUGAAUCAGACACAGGAGAAGAGAUGAGAGAAGGAAUGAUAACACUUGCAGAUGUAGAAGAAGCUCUCUUAAUAGGGAUACAGCAGCUGAUAACAGAAGUAUCACAGAUCAAUGAAAAAGAAAAAGAUAAAGAAGAACCUCUGAUGGAAAGAUCAGCAGAAGAAGAAUCAACUCAGGAGUGUCCCACGAGUGAAGAUUUUUUUGCUGUUGUAGUAGAAGAAGAAAGGGAAACCAUUGAGAGCAGUAACAGUGAGGGGGAAGGAAUUGGGGAGCCUUCAGAAGGAACAGGAGAUCCUUCAGAAGAAGGAACAGGAGAGCAUUCAGAAGAAGGAACAGGAGAGCCUUCAGAAGAAGGAACAGGAGAGCCUUCAGAGGAAGGAACUGGGGAACCUUCAGAAGAAGGAACAGGAGAACCUUCAGAAGAAGGAACUGGAGAACCUUCGGAAGAAGAAACAGGGGAGCCUUCAGAAGAAGGAACAGGGGAGCCUUCAGAAGAAGGAACAGGAGAGCCUUCAGAAGAAGGAACAGGAGAGCCUUUUGAAGAAGGAACAGGGGAGCCUUCAGAAGAAACUCCUUCAGAUGAAAAAGAUGGAAAUAUAAACUGCGAAAUGGGAUUGGAGGAGACUACAGAUGAAACCAUCACAAUGACAAAUACCAUUCUUUGGAGCUCCCAGGAGUAUGAGAGAGAGUGUCACCAAGAUCCUACUGGAUCUGACUGAGAAGAGAGACACCUAGACUGAAGAAUGCUUUGGGGUUGGAACUUCCCAUGUCAUCAUUGCUGCCUCAAGACUUGGUGGAAACACAGACUUAUUCAAGCAUCUUCUUCUAUUCUUUUGAUGCUUGCCAUCCAUCUUUCCAUUGUUCUCCUGAUUACCAUGAUCAUUUACUAACUUUUUUUUCAAGGGAAUCAUUCUAGACCGGUGCCACCUGGGGUAACUGCCUUCUUUGAUUCCUUCACACACAUCUGUCACUAUGCACCAGGACUGCUCCAGACAAAUGAAAUCCUAUCUAGCCUAUUUCAUUAAUAGCAUUCCUUUAUAAUUCUGAAAAUAAUAAUGAUGAGGCCUGUAUAACAGCUGCCGCACAUUUCUUUUAAAAACAAAACAGAAAUAUUAUGUAAUGGGAACUUUCCCAAAAUCAACCAGCUAAUUCUGCUGCACAGUAACAGUCACUUGAAGUCUUUAUGUAGAACAAUAAAACAC